GGUUGUCAGGGGUGAACAGAAGGCUGGCGGAGUUGGUGCAGACAAAGGCAGGCCCAAUGGAGAAGUUGCAGCAGUCACAAUCUGACCCCGGUACUGAGGAGGUUGCUGAAGACGAGAGUGCCCCACCCAGACACGACCCGAGGCGCUUCACGUGCGGGGAGUGCGGCAAGAGCUUCAAGCAGCACUGCGACCUGAAGCGGCACGGCAGGGUGCACACCGGUGAGCGGCCGUACUGGUGCCCAGCCUGCGGCAAGCGCUUCAGCACCUCCUACAACCUGCUCAUUCACCAGCUGAUCCACAGCGGCGAGAAGCAGUACAAGUGCCGGGCCUGUGGCCGGGAGUUCGUGCAGCAGCACCACCUCGUCACCCACCAGCGCACCCACACGGGCGAGAAGCCCUACCCGUGCCCGGUGUGCGGCAAGGCCUUCCGCCAGUCCUCCACCAUGAUGGUGCACCGGCGGAUCCAUGGCGAGGAGCGGCCCUACCGCUGCCCUGACUGUGCCAAGAGUUUCAAGACCUCGUCCAACCUGUCCAAGCACCGGCGCAUCCACACCGGCGAGCGGCGCUUCGUCUGCGACGUGUGCUCCCGCCGUUUCCUGCACUCCCACCACCUGACCACGCACCGCCGCACCCACGUGGGGGAGCAGCCCGCCUCCUGCCCUCUCUGCGGCCAGCACUUCGGCGACCCGGAGCAGCUGCUGGCUCACCGCCGGGCGCACGCCGGCGAGCCUCCCUACAGCUGCGAGACCUGCGGCAAGGGCUUCGGCCAGCGCUCCACGCUGGUGCGCCACCGCCGCACGCACACCGGCGAGAAGCCUUACGCCUGCCCUAUCUGUGCCAAGACGUUCAGGCAGACUUCCACCAUGCAGGUGCACUAUCGCACGCACUCCGAGGAUCGGCCAUACCGCUGCCUGCAGUGCGGCAAGGGCUUCAAGAGUGCCUCCAAUCUGAUCGGGCAUCACCGUGUACACAGAAGGUAGAGCAUCGCCUGACGUGUAGUGGACUCAGGCAAGACAUUGAGACUUCAGAGACAGCGAUUGAUUGGCUAAGGGCUUUAUGAGUGACUGUAAUGACAAGGGCGGAGCAUUUUAAUUUAGAGGAUGCUCCUUUUGAAGCCUCAAAUCACUGAGCUUGUGGAAUUAACGGCCAGCUAAAGCCAAAGUUUUAUAACAAGUGUGAGAUGGCACAGUCAUAGGAUGUUUCUCUAUACAGGCUAGUGCACAACUCCCAAAUGCACAUUAACUUUUUGAAUUGAUUGGAAGUCUUUGAAUGUCUCAUCUUUAAGAACAAUGAAACUUUAAAAACUUGACUUGGUUUUCCGUAGCACUUUUCGGUUCCCUUUCAGGACACCCCAAAAUACCCUGCAGCCAGUGAAAAUGUUUUAAAUGUAGUCGCUUGCAAAACAAUAAUUGGCACCUAGCUCCGUCAAACAGCGAUGUAUAAUAUAAUGUGUUUUACUGGUGGUAACUGAGAGAUAAAUAUUUGUUUCUUUACCAACUGGAAUAGGUCUGUGGAACAUUCCAUGAUGCAGACAGAGGCUGGGAAAUUCCAAAGCAGAGACUGAGAAUGAGAAUGGAGGAAAAUAUAUGUGUUGAUGUUCUUAAAAGUGAGGAGCAGUACUUCAUAGGCCACAUGCAAUGGAUUUGAUUGGCUUAGAUACAACCACUUUAUUUUCAAUUUAGACAGAUCAUUUGUUGUUGGAACGUUAGAUUUAUAUGCCACAAGGCGGCAUAGUUUUGAGGUGCUUGGAAGUCAGACGUAUGUUUUCCACACACACAGAGUGUGGGUGUGUGGAAUGCGCUGUCAGCAAAGGUGGUAGAGGUGAAUACCUUUAAGAGGCUCUUAGAUAGGUACAAGGAGCUUAGAAAAACAUAGGGCUAUGCGGUAGGGAAAUUCUAGGCAGUUUCUGGAGUAGGUUACAUGGUCAGCACAACAUUGUGGGCUGAAGGGCCUGUAAUGUGCUGUAGAUUCCUAUGUUUAUGUAGAUUAUUUAUUUAACAUUGCUUCACAUUUUAAGCUUGUAAGCACUAUUUUUUGAGAAGGUGGAAUCUGCAGAUGAUAGAAAUCGGCGUACAUACUGUGCUCUCUUCUGCACUGGAGAAACCAAGUGAAGAUGGAAAGAUUAGCAGAACACCUCUAUCUGGGAUGCCACCAACUUCAGUCACUCUCCGUCACCCUCUAUUGCUUCAAUUUCAGUGUCAUCACUUUCCUCCAUUGCUCUGAUGAUGCUUAAUGUAAGCUCCACGGAAUGAAGCUCCCUUUUAUUUGGACACAUUGAUGCUGUUGGGCCUGAACGUUGAAUUUAAGAAUUUCAAUUUACCAACCAUUCCCUUUAACUGCUUCAUAGAUGUGGCUAUACGUUUGUUUCAAUUUGGUUAUCUCUUUAUAAUCAGUCUUUGUGUUUUUCCUUUCAAUUGUCACUUUGACAAAUUAGGUUUGCACCUCAUCACAGACUGGCCCUCUUCUCUUGACACUCACUCACUCUGCAUCUUAACGCGGACUUGUUUUCUCUCCUUCAUUCCAGUUGUUUUUGACCUUAAACGUUGACUCUGUUUCACUCUCCACAGAUGCUUCCAGCAUUUUUUGUUUUGGUUUUUACUUAAGAUCUACUGUUGCUGUAAAGUAUUCCCACUCAGGUUUUGUAGGACGAGCUGAUUGUUUAGCAGCAUGGUAGCAAGAUUUAGCUUGGAGAUCAAGGUACAUUCAUAUAUUCAUACUUGGGAAUCAAACUUAAAGAUAAUCCAAGAUAUGUGAACCAAUUUAGUGUAGGAUGAAGUAUAAAAUGGCCUUUUAAAAAAGCAAGUUUUCUGAUCAAAAACAUAACUAAGCUUCCUUGAGCCCCAUCCUAUUCUCUGUAUGUUGAGUAAUUAAUGUUGCUGAGUUAGCGUUUGACCCUCUUAGCAUAAUUUUUUGAAAAGUAGGGGCUCUUUAAUAAACAAAUGUUAAGACUCACUACUCUCAGUACAGGUUUAGCAACCUCAGGUUUAGGAACUCAGCAGGCCAGGUAGCACCUUUGGAAAAGAGUAGUCGACGUUUCACGCCAAGACCCUUCUUCAAAACUGGGGGGGAAAAAGAUGAGGAGUCAGAGUGAGAGGGUGGGCGGAAGGGAGGAAGAAACACAGGGUGAUAGGUGAAACUAGAAGGGUGAAGUAAAGAGCUGGGAAAUUGAUUCGUGAAAGAGAUACUGGGCUAGAGAAGGGGAAAUCCAAUGGGAGCGGACAGAAAGCCACGGAAGAAAGAAAAGGGGGAGAAGCACCAGAGGAGGUGAUAGGCAGGUAAGAAGAUAAGGUGAGAAAGGGAAAUGGGAAUGGUGAGGGGGGUGGGGGACAUUACUGGAAGUUCGAGAAAUCAAUGUUCAUGCCAUCAGGUUGGGGGCUACCCAGACCAAAUAUAAAGUAUUGCUGCUCUAACCUGAGUGUGUCCUCACUGAAACAGUAGAGGAAGCCGUGGGCUGACAUGUCGGAAUGGGACUGGGAGGUGAAAUGGGUUGCCACUUGAAGGUCCCACUUUUUCUGUCAGACAGAGUGUAGGCGCUCGGUGAAGCAGUCUCCCAAUCUGCAUCAGGUCUCUCCGAAUAUACAGGAGACCACACUGGGAGCACUGGGUACAGUAGGUGACCCCAGUAGACUCACAGGUGAAGUGUCGCCUCAUUUGGAAGGACUGUUUGGGGCCCUGAAGAAUAGUGGUGAGGGAGGAGGUGCAGAGGUGGAAAGCAGAAAGUGAGGUGGAGGGAAAGAUGUGCUUGGCGGUGGGAUCCUGUUGGAGAUGGUGGAAGUUACAGAGAACACAGAGACUGGUGGGGUGAUAGGUGAGGACCAGAGGAACCCUGUCCCUGGUGGGGUGGCAAAAGGAUCCCACCACAAAGCAUAUCUUUCCCACCCCCCCCCCCCCCCCCCAAUUUCUGCAGGGAUCGCUCCCUACACAACUCCCUUGUCCAUUUCUACCUCCCCACUGAUCUCCCCUCCCCCCCCCCGGCAUUUAUUUUUGCAAGCAGAAGUGCCACACUCCUCUCUCACUACCAUUCAGGGCCCGAAACAGACCUUCCAGGUGCGGCUACACUUCAACUGUGAGUCUGUUGCGGUUUUAUAUUGUAUCCGGUGCUCCUGGUGUGGCCUCCUGUAUAUCGGGGAGACCCGACAAAUUGGGACACUGCUUUGCCGAGUGCCUACACUCUGUUAGCCUGAAAAAGUGUGAUCUCCUAGUAGCCAGCUAUUUUAAUUCCACUUCCCAUUUCUAUUCCGACAUGCUAGUCCAUGGUCUCUACUGUCGCGAUGAGGCCAUUCUCAGGUUGGAGGAGCAAAACCUGAUAUUCUGUCUGGGUAGCCUCCAAUCUGAUGGCAUGAACAUUGAUUUCUCAAACUUCGAGUCAUGCUCCCCUUUUCCCUCUCUCACCUUAUCUCCUUGCUUGCUCAUCACCUCCCUCUGCUGCUCCUCCCCCUUUCUUCCAUGGCCUUCUGUCCUCUCCUAUCAGAUUCCCUUUCCUUCAGCCCUGUUUCUCUUUCACCAAUCAACUUCCCAGCUCUUUUUUCACCCCUCCCCCUUCCCGGUUUCAUCUAUCACUUUGUGUUUCUUCCUGCCCCCCCCCCCACCUCUACUUUCUUACUGACUCUUCAGCUUUUUCUCCAGUCCUGAUGAAGGGUCUCAGCACAAAACUUAAACUGUUUACUCUUUCAAUAGCCCGGCCUGCCGACUUCCUCCAGCAUUUUGUGUGUGUUGCUUGGAUUUCCAGCAUCUGCAGAUUUUCCCUUGUUUGUGAUUCCCUCCUGUAAGUUACUUCAAUUUUUUUUACAGGACUGUCAUUCAGCAUAACAGUCAUCCAGCUAGAAAUGUUUUCCAGGGAUGGGCAAAUCCAAAUAAAUUUAACUGAGGUCCUCUCCACAUUCAAGGCUGGCCUUGAUAAGUCUCUCAGAAGCAUGGUAAUAGUGGGUAAGAUAUCUGCUCUUGCAGUCAGCAAUCAAGGUGGGGCUCCUGGGCUUAUUACUAAGAUAGAGUUAUGUACAAAUGCUCUUUGCUUUUUUAUUGCCUCAAGUGAGAAUCAGCUUGAUAAAAGAACUUGGCACAAUUUUUCCUUCUCCGUAAAACAGUUUGCUAUCUUCUGAAAAUUAGCAUGUUGAAUGAUGUGGCUGCUAACAAAUGGACUUGACAUCUUUAAUAAAGCUAAAUGAAAGUGACCAUCCCAUUUUUUUUGCAACUCCAAGCCAACCUUUGCAUAAUGUAGUUUGGAAGACCGAUUGCUUAGCUGACAUGAACUGUAGUUUAUUUGUUUUAAUCUGAGUUAAAGGAUACAUUCCCUGGCACGGCGUUGACAAUGCCCAACACUAACAGUCUCAUUCAUAAGACAGGAGAUCAGGGAUUCAAACAUUACACAAGGUUAUCCUGGCUGAUACUUUGGGUAGAAGCUGUGCUGCAUCAUCUGAGGUGUUCUUCAGGGAAGGAAAUGAGGAGUGGGAUGUGUCACUCUUUUCGGGCAGAGGCACAAUGGGUUGAAUGGCUACUUUCUGUCCUGUAUCAUACGUCCUGCAGUGAAAUCGUUGCUCUCUUCAGUUAAGACACUGGAUGUGCCACACUAAUUGGGGGAGGGAAAAGUAGUCAUGUGUGAAUGUUGUACUGAAGCAACAUGACUUCCUAAGAUCUCCACUAGAUGCCUAUUAUGUCAGUGAAUAUUCUAACCCAAGUACUCUGGUAAUCAACCUAAUAAUUUAAUAUGGAUGUUUAAUCAAAGUAGUAAAAGUUUUAUACAUCUCUGUGAAUUGAUAAUUUUGGUGUGAGGUAACUCCUUUCACUCACAGUAUACCACAAUCAUGUGAUUGCUCCUUCAUGUCCACUCAGUUAAUGCUUUGUUUUUGGUGCAUGAGAGUUGAAUGGGAAGUGAUUCAGAUGUUUCCAUCUUGGGUGUAAAAGAUAAAAUCAAGCUCAGCCCAUGUAACACUGGAGCACGUGUUACACCUGAGUCUGCAGUUCUGUGCAUAAAGCCCUUUUCAAUUUUUUCAGAUGUUUCUUGCAAACUACUUCAUCAAUCUGAACACCUCAAGUGCCUUGGUUGGUGAUUUUUGUGUGAUAGUACUUUCACGUUGCAUCCUGGGACGAUUCCUAGAAAGAUCAGUCUGUCGACCAUAAACCACCCUUUAACAUUAAUCCUACAUUAAGCCCUCCUAAAUUUUUUCCCCUCACACUGUCAGUAAUACCCUCUAUACUAUACUACUCACCUAUACUUAGCACAUUGGCCAACUUAUCUACCGACCCCUGUGUCUUUGGAACCUGGAGGAAACUCGUCACAAGGAAAACAUAAAAUGAAAGGAAAAUUGUAGUUCACCAAACUACUUGAAACUGUACUAUAUUCUGUGUACAAAGGUCACUUUACUCCAUCCACAUCAUUAUCCUCAAGUGACUCCGUUACCAAUUACAUUAGACUUCUCUAGGAGCAUUGUCAAUCAGUUCCAGCUCUAUUUCUGUAGGUCCCAUUUCCGUUAUAAGCUAGAGUGAAACUGUGGGAACAUAAUUUAUAGAAAACCUUGUGUUACAUAGACUUGCCUUCAUUUGUAGUCUGAAUGUAAGUCCACAUUCUAGUUAUGAGAAAUACUUUCAAAUCCAGUCACUUUUGCCUAUUUCUAUUUUACCAGAUAAUUUCCAUUAAAUGGCUGUCAGUAAAACCUGGAUAUUACUGCUCUUUGGCAAUUGUGAGCCAUUAUCAUCAUUAUAUACCAUGUCAUAUGAUGCAGGCGAUCAUGAUUGUUCUUGGCAAAUUUUUCUACAGAAAUGAUUUGCCAUUGCCUCCUUCUGGGCAAAGUCUUUGCAAUACGGGGGGACCCUAGUCAUCAUCAAUACUCUUCAGAGAUUGUCUGCCUGGUGUCAGUGGUUCCAUAACCAGGACUGGUGAUAUGACCAUCUGCCACCUGCUCCCACGGCUUCACAUCACCCUGAUUGGGGUCUAACUUUACCCAAGGGUGACCUGCAGGAUAGCGGAGGGAAGGAGUGCCUUACAUGUCCUUUGAUAAAGACGUAUCUCCACCCCACCUAUUAUGGGUACAAAAUAAAUAUCCACCACCAGUUCAAGGAAUAGAAAUCUCUGCUUCCAUUCCAGUGGGUGAAUGAGAGAGAAUUUCUGAACAACUCUUUCUGAAAAUUUCCUUUACUCAUUGCAUAGAUACACCUACCUUCUGGCCAAUUUCUUUGUAAGAAAUAGAGCUAUGAAAAUUCCCCAUUGAAAGCCACCGAAUUAAUAAUUUACAUUUUGUGAGGCCGAUAUUUUCUUAUAUAUCGACAUUAUUUUUGAGUAUUUGCAUAAACUUCCCCUGUUUUUGGAUGUGGGUAGCACAGUCAAAUUGUUAAAUUAUUGUGCACUUUCUCCUCAAAGCUCAACUCCUACAGUGGUAUUUUCAGUAUUAUAAUAUUUUCCAGUAACUCAAUAAGGAGUUCAAGAAGAGAUGCUGAGUGUUGAACUGUUUUAUGCUAAUAUUGUCAUUCCUGUCUCCAUAUUGCUUAUGAUUCAAAGAAUAGUAACUGUACACCACAGUCUGCUACUGCUUCCUGGCAUUUGCUGAUGCGGUUCUACAGUCUGAGUUAUCGGAACCUGUGAUUAGUUUAGUAAAAUUAGAAUCAGAUUUAAUAUCACAGGCAUACGUUGUGACGUUUGUUAACUUUACUACUGCAGUACAAUGCAAUACAUGAUAAAUAGAGUGAAAUGAGAGCAAACUGAGCCAGAGUUGGUUACGACUGAUGCGUAGGAAGCUAUGGUGGGAGGAGGCACGAGGUGUGUGGUUAAUUUCCUGUAAGAAUAAAAGGAGCCUUUGAGUGACUCUACCUGAAAAUAAUUGUGUCCCAGUCUAAUCUCUCUAUUUACGACAAGGCCACAAAGGGAAUUCAUCAAAGCAUCACCAGUUUGAUCACUGGGAUUGACAUAUUGUCAAACGAGGACUGAUUGAGCAGUCUGGGCCUAAAAUCUUCAAUUAGAGAUAAUCUCAUUGAAAUGUACAAAUAUUUACAAUUCAGGAAUGAACCACUUUGGUCCACCAUGUCUGCACCGAUCAUGGUGUUAAUUUUAAACUAAUCCCACGUGUUACACGUGAUCCAAUCUCUAAUUCCUGCCUGCUCAUUCUAAUUAAAUGCCUCUUAAAUGUUGCUAUCAUAUCUCCGCCUACCAUCAACCCUGGCAGCGCAUUUCAGCCACCGACUGCUCUGUGGGAAAAAAAAACUCACUACCUUAAAACUUCUCCCUCUCUCAUUUUAAAGCUAUGGCAUUUUGUUCUCUAAUAUUUGAUCUUUUCACUCUUGGAAGAAAACUCUCACUAUCCACCUUACCUACCUUCUUCCUAAGCCCUCAUCUCCCAGGGGAGCAUAGGCCUUCAAUGAUCUCCCGUCUCCGUUGUCCACAGAGUUGAUGGGCUGGUUGGAGUUCAUCAAUGUUUCUGUAAUUCAUUAUAUCCACUGUACACAGGAUUAGCCCAUACAGCUUCACCGGAGCCCUGUUAGCUGGCCUUUGGGAGGCAUCUUCUUUGUCUAUGCUGCUUGUAAUUUUAUACUUCUAUCAUGCCAUUCCUCAGCUUCCCAACACUCCAGUGAAAACAACCUAAGUUUGUAUAAACUCUUGCUUAUAGCUGAUACACUCCAAUCCUGGCAAUGUUGACGAAUCUCCUUUGUGCCACCUUUAAAGCCUCCACUUCCUUUCCAUGGCAUGGUGACCAGAAAUGUACAUAAUUUUCCAAACGUGGCAUAAGUUUAUACAGCCGUAACACUUUUAUACUCCUUGCCCGCACCAAUGAAAGCAACUGAUCCAUAUGCAUUUAUUACCUUUUCCACUACCGUUGCCACUUUCAGGGAGCUAUGGGCAUGCAUAGCUCCUUGAACGAUCCCUCUGUGCAUCAAUCCUCCUAAGGAUCCUGCCAUUCACUGUAUAUUUCACUCUUGCAUUUUACAUCCCAACUGCAAUGCUUCACUCUUGUUUGGAUUAAAGACAGAGGAGCAGAAUUAGGCCAUUUGGCCCAUCAAGUCUGCUCCGCCAUUUCAUCGUGGCAGAUUUACUAUCCCUCUCCAAUUACUUGACCUCCACAGCUAUCUGGGGCAAUGAAUUCCACUGCUUCACCCUCUCCCCCCCCCCCCCCCAACUUCUGGCUGAAGAAAUCCCUCCUUUUCUUUGUUCUAAAAGAGAUUGUUCUAAGGCUGUGCCCUCUAGUCCUAGACUACCCCACUAUAAGAAACAUUCUCUCCACCUCUCGAUAUUUGAUAGAUUUCGAUGAGUUCCCCUCUCGUUCUUCUGAACUCCACUGAGCACAGGACCAGAGCCAUCUAACACUCCUCAGACAUUAACCCUUUAAUUCCAGGGAUCAUUCUCAUGAACCUCAUCUCGACCCAAAACUGCUUACAGUAGUCCAAGUGCAGCCUGACCAAUGCAUUAUGAAGCCUCAAUCCCAUAAAGGCAUUAAGCCUCAAUGCCUUAAAAACUGUUCAUCAUUUCACUUCCCAAAUUCCCGAAGGAUCUAUAUUUUGCUGUAUAGACUAUCUCACUAUCCAAACCAGAGCCCUGGAAUAAAGGGAAUUUCUAAAAGUAACAAGAGAGUAAAACUGGUGGUGUGGGUCUGAAUG